UGCUGCUGCUGCUUCAUUCUGAGUCUGAGCAUCGAAGAGGCAACAUCUAAAAUGUCCUGGUUCAGGAGGCUGUGGUGUUUUAGCGUCCCGGCCGAUGACGACGACGAGCCUCUGAGACCCAGACCUGAGAGGAGGGUAAGAAGGAGGAGAUGGUGGAGAUGGUGGAGACGCAACAGGACAGAGCGACAGGAGAACACCAAUGUGGAGGAACAUCAGAGGAUGGGAAAUGAAGAGAACCCAGAACCAAGCACACAGGUUCUGCCGGACCAAGGGCAGGACCUGGAAAUACAGGCAGUUCUGGAGAAUUACAUCCAGGAACUGGAGGGGCAGGGGAUUCGGAUAAACCGAGCCCAGGUCCUGGAAGAUCAAAUGUUUCUGUUGAACCGAGCCCAGGUCUUGGAGGAUCAGAUGGAUCAAACUGACCAAGCCCAGGUCCUGGAUGAGCAGGUGGAUCAAACUGACCAAGCCCAGGUCCUGGAUGAUCAGGUGGAUCAAACUGACCAAGCCCAGGUCCUGGAUGAGCAGGUGGUUCUGAUGGACCAAGCCCAGGUCCUGGAGGAUCAGGUGGUUCUGAUGGACCAAGCCCAGGUCCUGGAGGAUCUGGUGGAUCAAAUUGACCAAGGGCAGGAUUUAGAGAAGCAGGACCAGGUGGAAAUUGACCCAAUGCAUAAAAUGGAUGAGCUGCUUCUUCAGCUGAGGCAGGUGCACGAACGCAUAGUGCAUCUGGUUCUGAGGAAACAAGCAGAAGAACUGGAGGAGCCGGUGGUUCUGAAGAACCAAGAGAAGGAACAGAAGGAGCAGGUGGUUCUGGAGAAGAACCCAAAGGAGCAGGUGGUUCUGGAAAGCCGAGUGAAGGAACCGAAAGAGCUUGGGGUUUUAAUAGACCAGCUUCAUAGAAUGGAGGAGCAGGUAAGUGUGCUGGACCAAGUGCAGGACCUGAUAGAUGAUGUGAUUCUGAAAAACCAGAAGCAGGAUGUUCUUAUGGACCAACUGCAUAAACUGGAGAAGCACCUGACCCUGGAGGUGGAGAACAGGAAUCUGGAGGAGGUAGCCACACCAGAUAUGACAAGGAAAGUGAACUGGGUGGCUGAGGAAGAGAUAAACCUGGAUGAGGAGGACUCAGAGGAACAGCUGAACCUGGAGGUUGAGAGCAGGAAUCUGGAGGAGGUAGCCACACCAGAUAUGACAAGGAAAGUGAACUGGGUGGCUGUGGAGAACCAAGACGAAGAGAACCCAGAGGAGCAGAUCUCGAUUACAGAAGCAGAUCCACUUCAGGCUGAUGUUCUGGAGAACGUCUUCGGGUCCUCGUCUGAUGAAGUGGUGCAGCAGCAGAACGAUCGAGCACGUUCUGAUUGCUCCCACCUUCAUGAACCAACCUAAAGAGUGUCUGAGACUGAUGGAGACCACGGUGGAGAACACAGGCGUGUCCGUGCCCGCCGAUGCUCCCGUGCCCCCAGUCUCCAUGAUGAAGCUGAAGAGGAUGAGCUCUGCAUGCAUCGUUUCUCCUGAUCAUCUGGAGAACCUGGAGGAGUGGAAUGAAGAACCACCAGACAACCCGACAAGCUCCAGAAACUUUCCAUCAUCUAAAUCAAAAUAAAGUUCUUUAAAAAUAAA